GGCUGCCCUGAGCUUGCCAUCUCAUAUUACAUGCCAAGAGCAAGUGGCCUGUCACAGGUCCUCACAUGCUUGGGGCUUCAGACGAACUUGCUAUAACCGCAUAAGCUAAAAUCCUCCCAAAAGGACAAGGUACGGCAGUUCAUGUCCUUCACUCAAGCUGGGGAGAAGACCGCCGUAUACUGCCUCACUCAAAAUGACUGGAAACUAGAGGUGGCCACCGACAACUACUUUCAGAACCCAGAUUUGUACCACAAGGAAUCCAUGAAAAGCUCAGUGGACCGAAAAAAGCUGGAGCAGCUUUACAAUCGAUAUAAAGAUCCCCAGGAUGAGAAUAAGAUUGGGAUUGAUGGAAUUCAACAGUUCUGUGAUGACCUCAAUUUGGAUCCAGCAAGCAUCAGUGUGCUGGUUGUGGCAUGGAAAUUCCGUGCAGCAACACAGUGUGAAUUCAGCAAAAAAGAAUUCAUUGAUGGAAUGACCGAACUGGGCUGCGACAGUCCAGAGAAACUUCGAGCUCUUCUGCCCCGAUUAGAACAGGAUCUGAAAGACAGCGGAAAGUUUAAAGAUUUUUACCAGUUCACCUUCAAUUUUGCCAAGAAUCCUGGACAAAAAGGUUUAGAUUUAGAGAUGGCAGUAGCAUAUUGGAACCUGGUUCUGGCUGGACGUUUUAAGUUCCUAGACCUCUGGAACAGAUUUUUAUUGGAGCAUCAUAAACGAUCAAUUCCCAAAGACACGUGGAACUUGCUUCUGGAUUUCGGCAACAUGAUUGCAGAUGACAUGUCAAACUAUGAUGAAGAAGGAGCAUGGCCUGUUCUCAUUGAUGACUUUGUGGAAUAUGCUCGGCCAAUCGUGACAGGAUCAAAACGCAAAACUGUAUAGUAAUGCUACCAUCGGGCGAGAACUCGCACCUUGGUCGCCUCAUUGACUUUGUAGUUUUUUUAAAGACUUGUAAGCAUAAUAAGAGAGAACUAAGAGAAACACUUGAACCCGACAAGCUUUGCAAAAGGAAAACAGGAUGGAAAAUACGUCUCAGACUUCCACACACCACACGGGAAGGACAAGAGCACGAGACACAAGAUUUCUGAUAGAGCCAUCUAAUGCACAUGGCCAGCUAUAUUUGCACUGGCUACUCAUUUCUAGCCUGAAACCCUUGGAGAUUUUGGGUGGAUAUCUUUGAACCUAGUACCUCAUCUCCAUAGCAAUCAGUGUCACUCUAUAGGGCAGAGUUCUCAUUGCCGACCCACUCCUUACAGUCUGAAUUAUGGAAUAGUCUCUCCAGUUUUGUUUUAGAUUAUGGACCCAUCUGUCUGGUUGUGUAUCUCAUGCAAAACUUGAUGCUGAUCAUGUCAGCAUUUUAAGCCAGACGUUCAUGGGCAGCACAGCAUGCGGCUCGCAACACCAGCACUAUUGUUACAGUUGUAAAAUACUGUAUCUACUGCAGCAGUUUGUACAGAGAGAAAUGUAUUAUCAGUAAUGUUUUAUUAUAUGAAGUACGAGACAUAUGAAAGAAAAGCGUGGUCUAAAAAAAGAUGCCUCCAUACCAUGUUCUUGUGUGAUUUUAGUUCAAACGUGUCAUCUGCCCUGUUGCGGAACUUGUAACAACGCGGUUCAGUGUUACACCUUUUUUUGUUUAUCAGAUUUAUGUUAAAAAAUAAAUUAUUGCCCUUUACUUUCUUCUCAAUCUACAACAACCCUGUUAUUCUUUAACAGGCCUUUGAUAACAAGAGGCUUUGCUAGCCUUCACUUUGAAACAUUCUCCCAUCAGUAUCACAAAUUCAACACACUUAUGAAUCAAAAUAUAAUCUUUCCAGAAUAUGAAUAUCUCACUUCAUAAAUCACAGUGCUUCAAACUGUUUUGCAAUUCAUCCUGCUGCAAAUUUGCAACCCAAGAGCAUGAUGGUAGGGAUAACUGCAUUUGGGUUGCAUUUGGUUUGCACCAAACAUUCAGGACAUUGAGAUUCAUUUUAGUGCAGACCACAAUUUUCUCCUAAGAGCUUUCAGGUUUGUCACAUGGCUUCUAGCAAAAACCAGGCAUGCUACUAUGUUUAUCUUUUUCUGGAGUGGUUUCCUUCUCACCCAAGAGAGUGCCAAAUCUGCAGUGUUGAAAAUAUUGAUGUCAGACAAAAUGCUCUGCAACGCUUUCAUGACUGUAUCUGGCCUCUUGGUCACCCGUAUGACAUCUUCCCUGUUUUUGUGUAUUGCUCAUGCUACUUUCAUCCAUUCUGUUGAACUUCCAUCCACAAUGAACUUAAUGUGUGUAAGGAUAUACAAAGCUUUGCUAAUAAUAUAACUUUUUGUAGCUUUUUUAAUCCUUUAAUUAAUCUCAGAGUUUCACAGGCAGAUAUUUUGUUUUAGUGGAUUGAAGAGUUAAAAUUUAAGGGUAUUUCAAAAUAAUUGAUUAUUUCACUUAAUUUAUGCUAUUUAAAACGGUUUAUGUAGCUAAUGACAUUCUUCUGAGGAACACUACUUUUAAAGCUACUAUUCUGCCUGAAAAUCGAAAUAUUUGUGUUGCACAGAAGAAAGAAAGCCUUGUGGAUCGGGGGCAGCAUGAGGGUGAUUAAAUGAUGACAGAAUUUUUAUUUUGGUCCUUCAAUGGCGGAAAUGGACUUGUGCAAUGCGAUUUCCCUGUGUACCACAAGAGAGCGGCAGUGUGUGUAACCCAAAGAAGCUUUACGUUUGACGUUUUAAGCGCUUGUGUAUUUAUGUAUUGCUGUAUUUUUAUUAUUUGUGUUUAUGUGUAUGUUAUAUUCUCAGUCUGUAAAAACAAUAUUUUCACUGAAAUCUAUAUUUUUGUUGCGUUAUUACUUUCUGUCCAUAUACAAAUAUUUAAAAAUGACGGAACUUCACAAAAUCUGUGUUUCUCGACGGAGUGGGAUCAAUGUAACACACGUUUUAUGCUAACCGCGGGCUUCAAUCUAUACAGAGGAUCAGUCUUACAAACUCAUUUUCUAUCUAUUAAAUUUGACAAGAAUGACAGUUUUUUGUAUUUGACAAACAGUACAAUCACAAUGAAUCUUGACAGGCUUCGUAAAAGAGUGAGACACUACAUUGAUCAGCAACAGUAUCAAAGUGCUCUGUUCUGGGCUGACAAAGUAUCAUCCUUAUCACAUGAGGAUCCUCAAGAUAUUUAUUGGUUAGCGCAGUGCCUUUAUUUGACAGCACAGUAUCACAGAGCCUCUCAUGCGCUCAGAUCUCGCAAACUUGACAAGUUGUAUGGGGCCUGUCAGUAUCUAGCUGCAAGAUGUCACUAUGCCGCCAAAGAAUAUCAACAAGCUCUAGACAUACUGGACAUGGAGGAAGCAGCCAGUAAAAGAUUAUUAGACAAGAAUGUAAAGGAGGAUAAUGGCUCUAGGGAAACCGUAAAGGAAUGGGAAAUGUCUCCUGCCUCAAUCAAUAGCUCCAUCUGUCUCCUGCGGGGGAAGAUCUAUGAUGCCAUGGACAACAGACCCCUAGCCACGUCUAGCUACAAAGAGGCCUUGAAACUGGAUGUCUACUGCUUUGAAGCCUUUGACCUUUUGACGUCCCAUCACAUGUUGACCGCCCAAGAGG